AUGUCGUUUGCCAUGGAUAAAGCGAUGAUGGAACUAUCUCUUGAUGAGGUAGAUGAGCCGUUCUGUAUGCCGGAUUUACCGCAAUUCAAGUCGUGUGAAAGAAACUCAAGGAGUUUAAUUGGAAGAACCUUGAAUCCGGAGUGCCAGAAGAUGUCUAAUCUGAUUCUGAAUAUGCCCCGAAAGUGGCAGAAGAGUGGGAAAGUAAGAGGUGUGGCUUUAUCGAAGGAGCGGUUCCAGUUUAUCUUUAAUCAUGAACAUGAUCUGGAUGAAAUUCUGGAGAAAGGUGUUCAUACCUUUAACGACUGGACGCUAGCUAUUGACCGUUGGAUGGAAAAGCCCCCACCUAAUUAUCUCCAAUUUAUCCCUAUCUGGGUUCAGAUACGAAACAUCCCGAUCAAUUACUAUACUGAAGAAGUGAUUACUGCCUUAGGAGAUAUUGUCGGGAAGACAAUAGAAGUGGCCUUUGAUCCAGAAAAGCCUCAGUGUCAAGAGUAUGUAAGAGUCUUGGUUCGGUUUGAUGUCUCAAGACCACUGAGGAAGACUAAAGUUGUGAUUCUCCCUGAAGGAGGUUCUUCUAUUGUUUACUACAACUAUGAGCGAAUUCAGAAGAGGUGCUAUGAGUGUCAACGUCUUAACCAUGAAAAAGACAAGUGCAUAAUCUUAGUGAGAAAGAGGCAAGGUUUGGCUGCGGAGAGAAGGCAGAGGAUUCUUGAGGAAAAGGAAGCAGCUGUGAAGUUUUUUGCAAAUGAUGAUCCUCUGUUUGGCGUUUUAAGAGAGGAUCAAGUUGGGAUUUGCAAAGAGACGGGAAGAAGGAAGAUAGCUCCAGAGGUCUUAGAUGAGAUGAGAAGAUAUCUGAUGAUGACCAAUGGUGAAGACAAGUGUAUUCGAAUUGAUAGGAUUCGAACUUCAGUGGCUGAUGCUGAGAAGGAUCCUAUCAAGCAGAAGACGGUGCUGAGGCUUGAACCAAUGCCGACAUUCACCAAGGAUAUUAAUAAAGGGAAAGGUGUGGUGUUUGAUUUUGAUCUAAAUAUAGAAGGCCUCACUAAAGAUAUGGAUGGAGGUUCGAAAGAAAAACUGAUGGGGUCAGCCAUUAAAGCACAAAACAUGGCAUUACCUAUGGAUCAGUCAGAGGAGAGGGACCUAAGGGAAGUGCUGAAUAGAAGUAGAUUGGAAAGACCAGCCUCAACUUUGUCUACUCCUGAGAUGGUUAAGGUAGUGAGGGACAAUGAGAUCAAAUAUGGUUCGCUGAGUCUUAGUGGCAACUCUACGGAAUAA